GUUUCCUUAUUAAGACCAUGAUUUAAAUCUUGCUUCAAAUUUUUUAGAUUUCGGAAUGAUGCUUCAGCAUCCUGGUUUGGGUCCCUCGGAGAUCAGUGCGACUGCUUUGGUCCCCUGCCUCUCCCCGCCCGGCUCACUCACGCUGGACGACUUCACCAACUUCACUCCAUUAGUGAAAGAGGAGCUGCGCUACGCCAUUCAGAACAAACGCCUGUCCAACGGCAUGAGCACCCUGACCACUGACCGAGCGUGUAUGAACACAGAACGCCCCACUGAACUACCUGUGAUGAAGCGUGAGACCAAUCCAGUGGAGAAUGAAAGGAGAAAAAGAAGGAGAGAAAGAAACAAAAUUGCAGCAGCGAAAUGCAGAAACAAGAAAAAGGAGACAACAGACCAUUUACAAAAGGAGUCAGAGAAGUUGGAGUCCGUCAAUGCGGAGUUGAAAGCCCAGAUUGAGGAGUUGAAGAACCAAAAGCACCAGCUAGUUUAUAUGCUCAACCUGCAUAGGCCCACCUGUAUUGUCCGUGCUCAGAACGGCCAGACUCCUGAAGACGAGAGGAAGCUCUUCAUCCAGCAAAUCAAAGAGACCACCCUGCAGGGUCUGAAUCUUACCACAAGUGGACCAACACACACCUCAAUACCAACUAGCUGUGGGCAUCUCUAAAUCACAAGCUGUAUAGGCAAGAAGCUAAUGGUUUGGCAGUCCUUGCCAAGGAACGCUGGAAGGUUCACCCACGUUAUAAAGGACUAAACACGGGCGCCUGCCAUGCUGCCAGUUAAGGUCGAUCUGAUGUACACUGAAAGAGACUGUUAAAGCACUAAAGUGUUGAAGGACUUAUUUAAAUGUGUUCGUAAUUGUAUGUAUGUUUAACAUGAUAUGCUGUUUAUAUGCACCAAAGCCUGAUGUCAUGUUGAUGCUAGAACAACAUGAUUUCAUUUAUUUAUCAGCUUGUUG